AUGGCUAACUCGGCGCUCAACCACUCCUGGCCGGCCCUCUCCAAGCUGUGGCUGAGGCGGUGGGCCUUCAAGAGAGGUUCUGAGCCCAAGCCGUGUGUCCAGCCCUUCGACUCUGGAGCUGCAGCCUCAACCACCGAGAGCAGCGGCAGACCCUGGAGGCCCGAGCACCCAGACUUCCCCACCAUGGAGGACGAGCAGGAGGAUGGUAUUCCCCAGUUCUGCGACAGCUUGGAGGAUCUGGAUCUGGGAGCCCUGCAGGGCAGCGAGUAUCUCCAGGACCUGGGCCUUGGGGCCUUUGCCGACAGCCAGCCAGAGGGGCCCAGGGACAGUGGCCCCACCAGCGAAGAGGCUGGAGGAGAAUCCACCCUCUCCAGCUCAGCAGAGCCGCAGACCCUGCCUCGGAGACGCAGCUGGGAGAGGUCACGGAGCUGCUCUGAGAGCUGGGAAAGGCUCAGCUUCAAUGCCUCGGCUGUGAACGAGGGGCCCUGUCUCCCUCGGACACUGGCCAGCCUUGCUCUGAACCAGCCGGGAGAGGAUCUGCAGGCCUGGACCAAAGAGUGUCUGUCCAGGGCUGGGACCCCAGCAGAGCACCCAGGCAAGGAAUGUGACAGCCCUGAGAAAAGAGUGAGGUCACGGUCGGUUCCCCUGUCCUUCGAUGAGAUCAGCUCCCUGGAAAUCUCUCGGGCUUUGGAGGUGCCCACUCCAGCUCCUCAAGGUCUGGCGCCCCCGGUGCUGGAGUGCAUGGAGAAGGACCAUGUGGAACCAGAGCAUGUGCUGAUUGUCCAGCAGGUGCUUGAAGAACUUCGACAUUACCACGGGGCUCGGCAGAGAGCUCGCUUGUCCGUCAGCCCCGCAGGAGGCCACUCAAACCUCACCUGGUUUGAGUUCCUGUCUGAGAGCGAGGACGGUGCCAGCAAGACUGAGCGGCGUGACAGGAGCACCAGGGUGAAGCGCAGACUGAGCUCCCUGCGCUGUCGGGUCACCAGGCAGAAGGAGAAGGGGAAGAACCCAACGCCUGCAAAGGACAAGGGUCAGGAUGCUAGAGAGAGGAAGGAAUGUAUCAACGGGCACCAGCUGGCGCAGGGAACCUUCCUCGGCCACCCCAGCUGCCCCCUGUGUGGCAAACCCUUUCUGAGCUCUGGACAAAGCCAGGGCCACCUCCCCCAGGAAGCUUGGAUUGUGGAUUGGGCGACUGUAUCAGUGUCUGAGUGUCUCUUAGGCCAGUUGCUGUCCUCCAAGGGGACGUUGGCGAUAUCUGAAGGCAUUUCUGUUGUGGUGGUCAGGACUGGGACGUGCCCGGGCGCCCCCACCCCCACCCCCGCGGAUCCCCCCCCGAGGAUCGCCCUUAUCCCCAUCGCGAGGACCCUCCCGGUUCGGUCCCGGGGUCCCCCACAAGACCCCCCUCCCCGCCGGGUCCCCGCGCUGCCCCUGGCAAAGUCUGCAGCUCCCUGGCCCCGCGAGCCCCCGCGAGCCCCCGCGAGCCCCCGCGAGCCCCCGCGAGCCCCCGCGAGCCCCGCCCCCUUCCGGGGCCACGCCCCCUGUCCCGCCUUCGGGGCGGGGUCGCGCUUGCGCAGCUCGCCCGCGCGGCUUCCCGCUUCCGGCCCCGGGGCCGCGGGCCACUGUGGAUCGGAGGAGUGCAUGGGGGCUCUGGCUGGCGAAUGCGGGGGUGCGGACGAUGCCCGGCGGCCCUCUCGGAGCUCCUGCCCUAGGGCGGUGCAGCCUCCCCCGGCUCGGGAGCGGGAGGUCACCAGGCUCCGGGUUGAGGAGCGCCCGGGGCAGGACCGGGGCCGUAGUGAUAACCGUCAGCCGUAA